AUGUCUCGAGGUGAGCCGCUUGAGAGUAUCGGAGGCAUACCGCGACCAGAGAUCAAACAUCUCUUGACCAACUCGGACAUAAUAUUCAUGUCCCUCAGCGACGAUGCCGCUCUUGAGUCGAUGCUGGAUGCCAUCCUUGGAAACGUCGCACCCGAAAAUUUGGCCGAGAAGAUUGUCGUUGACACAUCGACGGUUCACCCUCUUUCAUCAGCCAAAGCCCGAGACCGUCUGUUAGAAAGGAAGGCCAAGUUCAUUGCGUCCCCGGUCUUCGGUGCAAGUCCUGUUGCUGCGGAGGGGAAGUUGCUCUGGAUUGUUGCGGGUCCGAAUGAUGCAGUCAACGCAAUCAACCCGUUCAUCGUUGGAGUGAUGGGGCGAGGAGUGAUUCGUCUCGGAGAGGAUGUUCAAAAGUCUAGCAUGAUGAAGACAGCUGGGAAUUUUGUUACCGCCGGGAUGAUGGAGCUUGUCGCAGAGGCCCAUGUCUUUGCGGAGAAGACGGGCCUUGGUAGCGAGGCUAUGGAAGCUCUGAUAGAGCAGCAAUAUGGCCCUCUCGCACUGUCAAUGUCGAAACGUUUGACAACCGGCGCUUACCUCCCCGGAAAAGGCCAAAGACCGUGGUCCGACCUUGGUCUCGCAUUGAAGGAUGUUGGACACGGGAUCGACUGUGCUAAGAAGUCUGGCGCUCCGCUAGAAGUCGCUGAGGUUGCACUGAAACACUUGAAGGAAGCGAAAGAAUUCUCAGAUGCACAGGGGCGGCCAUUGGAUUCGUCGUCGAUGUAUGGAGUCUUGCGCAAGGAAGCUGGUUUAUCGUUCGAGACGGAUUUUGUCAAGAAAAGAGACGGGUCUGUAUCUGAUGCUUAA